UUAAUACGGUCGCAUUUAUUUUAAGGCAACAAGUUGCAAAUUGCAGAUAUUCCACAAACGAGUAUUCGUAUAGCCACCUAUUAAUAAUCAUAAAAAGAAAUAACAAAAUUAAAUUAAAUUUCUAUUAAAAUGAGUUGCCCCUACUCUUCUACUCUAAAUGGAUCGGAACAUGAUGAUAACGCGAUGCCUCUCAGUACAGAGGUGGGUAAAAUUUAUGGCGAAUACCUGAUGUUGGAUAAACUUUUAGAUGCCCAAUGCAUGCUCUCAAAAGAAGAUAAACGUCCUGUCCAUGACGAACAUUUGUUCAUAAUCACCCAUCAAGCUUAUGAACUGUGGUUUAAACAGAUUAUUUUCGAACUGGACUCCAUACGUGAAAUGUUAAAUGAUGAAGUUAUUGAGGAGACAAAAACCUUGGAAAUUCUUAAACGUCUCAAUCGCAUCGUACUCAUAUUGAAGUUACUUGUCGAUCAAGUACCAAUUUUGGAAACAAUGACACCUUUGGAUUUCAUGGAUUUUCGUAAUUAUUUAGCACCUGCAUCAGGUUUUCAAAGUUUACAAUUUCGUUUGAUUGAAAAUAAAUUGGGUGUGAAGACCGAACAUCGCGUCAAAUACAAUCAAAAGUAUUCAGAAGCGUUCGGUUGUGACAAUUCGGCCAUAAAUGCAAUAGUACAAUCGGAAAUGGAGCCUUCUCUUUUGGAAUUAAUAGAGAAGUGGCUGGAGCGAACACCGGGUUUGGAGGAGAAUGGUUUUAAUUUUUGGCACAAAUUUCAAGUCAGUGUCGACAGUUUUCUGGCUGAACAAGUUAAAAGUGCUGAGAUGGAGACAGUUGAAACAGCUAAAAAUUAUCGUUUAAUGGAUAUUGAAAAGAGGCGUGAGGUUUAUCGCAGCAUUUUCGAUCCAGCUGUCCAUGAUGCGUUAGUGUCUCGCGGUGAUCGCCGUUUUAGUCACAGAGCUUUGCAAGGAGCUAUUAUGAUUACAUUCUACCGCGAUGAGCCGCGUUUCAGUCAGCCCCAUCAGUUAUUAACUCUCUUGAUGGAUAUUGAUUCUUUGAUCACAAAAUGGCGUUAUAAUCAUGUCAUAAUGGUACAACGUAUGAUUGGCUCCCAACAAUUGGGCACUGGCGGUUCUUCUGGCUAUCAAUAUUUACGUUCUACUUUGAGUGAUCGCUAUAAAGUGUUUUUGGACUUAUUCAAUUUAUCAACCUUCUUGAUACCACGUGAAGCCAUUCCUCCUCUGGAUGAAACUAUGAGAAAAGAAUUGAUUAAUUAAAUUUAGUUUGCUUUAUACUAUUUUUCCUAUGUUUGUUUAUAAUUUUGGUAACUUAAAUAAAUUUUACUUGAUGUGGAAUUUACAAAAAA